GGUGCGACAGCGGGGAGCGGGGAGCGUCGUAAAACUGCCGUGACGUCGUGUCUUUGCCGCACGACAGCUAUUGUUUUGUUCACGUUACAGCCUCCAAACCUUUAUAAUUUUCGUUCUUCUUUGUAAACCACAAGAAAAAGAUAUUUCCGCCGUUGGAUACGUUAAAGAGCGUCCCCGAGUGUCCUCCUGCCUCUUGGACCUGGCAGCUGCCGCGUACACGGGUACUCUUCUUCCUGUUGACCCAGUCUGCCUUGAGGAAAAAAAGGGCAGAGAAUAUGGUAGUCCACCACCUGAGAGAUUUUUAUCAGGACUCGGUGACCUUUGAUGAUGUGGCUGUGGACUUCACCCAAGAGGAGUGGGCUAUAAUGGAUCAAACUCAGAGAGACCUCUACAGAGAGGUGAUGCUGGAGAACUACCAGAACCUGACCUCAGCAGGAUAUGAGGUCGUCAAACCCAGUCUGAUCUCCUGGUUGGAGGAGGAAGAUUUACAGGAAAUGCAGAGAGGAGGUUUCCAGGAACGGGAGAUGCAUGGCACUUUAAGGAAACAAACUUCUAAGGUGGUACAAAUGGCAGGAAGACAUAGUGCUUUGGAACUCUGUGAUUAUAUGCAACAUAAAGAUAUCUUAAGAGAACAUUCAUAUUUUAAAAGACAUAUGCAAACCGAAAAUUCAGAGCACAUCUGUGACUCUAAUCAGUAUGGAAUGCAUGUUCCCACUCUGCAUGAGGAAACAUCUAUGAGACAGGAAUUUUCUGUGUUGAGUGAGAAUGCAGGAAACUCUAGUCUGACCCCAAAUGUCACUCACCAGGGAACAGGCUUGCAGGACAGAGCUGUUGAAUGCAGUACCUCCCUUAGUCAGUCAUAUUUUAAGGCACAUAUGAGAAUCUAUAAUGGGGAAAAAUUCUGUGAAUUGAUUCAAUUUGCAGAUUUUUCAUGUCCCACAAGUGGAGCUCUGCCUAUUCAAAAGUAUACCAUAAAAGCCUAUGAGUGUAAGACUUGUAGGAAAGUCUUUGGGCAUUCUUCCAAUCUUAAUAGUUACAUGCGAACCCACACUGGAGAGAAGCCCUAUGAAUGUAAGGUUUGUGGCAAAGUCUUUGGGUAUUCUUCAAAUCUUAAUAGUCACAUGCGGAUCCACACUGGGGAAAAACUUUAUGAAUAUAAAAUAUGUAAGAAAUCCUUUACUACUUCUUCAAGUCUAACUAAACAUUUCAGAAUUCAUACUGGAGAAAAACCAUUUAAGUGUAAGGAAUGUGGAAAAGCUUUUACCAAGCACAUGUACUUUUUUUACUUUCUGCACAUGUACAAACACAUGCUGAACAGAAAAGCCCUAUGUCUGUAAGUUACGUGGGAGAUCCUUCACUAUUUCUUCAAAGCUAAUUGACCACUUAAGAAUUCAUACUGGAGAGAAACCCUAUCAAUGUAAGGAAUGUGGGAAAGCCUUCCACGCAUCUUCCUACUUUCAUAAGUA